UCACUUCAGCGCUUCCUCCUCCCUCUGUCACCUUCUCACUUCUUCAACGAUCCUGACUUUCUCCCCGUCACGCUCAUCUCUCUCCAGAACCUCGGCAACCACGAGAAGUAAGAAAUUCUCCCUCCUACACUUAUCUCUUCUCGUCCCAUCUUCAACCCCGGAAGCAGGUCACAGUUAAAUGCGACAGGAACCCCUCUCAGCGCUGACAUUCUAUCUUGCCACGUCCAGAUCACAACAUCCUCCCACAAGCAAAGAUGGCCGACGCGAACGCCUCGCCCACCGGCGGUGAUGCCCCGGCUCCCGUCGAGCACCUGAACAUCAAAGUCACCGACAACAACAACGAGGUCUUCUUCAAGAUCAAGCGGUCAACCCAGCUGAAGAAGUUGAUGGAUGCGUUCUGUGAGCGUCAGGGUAAACAGCCUACGACCGUCCGUUUCCUGUUCGAUGGUACCCGUGUGCGUCCUGAGGAUACGCCAGACACGCUCGAAAUGGCCGAUGGAGACACCCUUGAAGUCCACCAGGAACAGAUCGGUGGUUAAAUAGAGAAACCUUUCCUUCUCAUCCCGAUGAAUUAAUGAUGAAUGUGGCCGUUUUUUUUUUCCCUCUUCUUACAUACAUCUUCUUCCAACAACGAACAACAACAUUUAGCCAGUCAUGCUUCUUCCAACUUCCAAUACUUCCUUUUCAUCCACAUUCUCCUUUUGCGCCUUCUUUCUUAGAUGUGUCGCAUUUGGAAGGAGGUACUCAAAAAAGAAAAGAAACCAGGCGCAAAAUUGGUGUUUUUCAGCACGGGUGUGGGGGACCCUUUCGAACCCACUUCAGCGCGGAGCUUUUUUAUUCACGAGGAUUAAGGGAGUCUUAAACUGAGUCGGGGGGGUUCUUUUGGGAAAUGUCAUUUUAUUUUACUCACACAUGAGCUUGGUCGAGAGAAUAGAAAGGAUUUCUGAGCG